GAAGAAUUUCAGAUGUACAACUUACAAGAAAGAAAGGGUCAGACAUACCAAGAGUUAAGUGACACCAUGGAGGAUGAUGAUUACCUGUAUUGUAAGAACUGUCAGAAGUUCUUCCUGAAAAGCUGUGCUGCUCAUGUACCGCCAGUGUUUCUAAAGGACAUCACCGUGGAUAAGGGACGUCCUAGUCACGCUUCCCUCAGUGUGCGAACUGUAUUUAGAAUUGGCCCAUCCAGCAUUCCUGAGGCUGGGCUUGGAGUGUUUAAUGAAGCAUCUGAUCUACCACUGGGGUUGCACUCUGGUCCUUUUGAGGGCAAGAUCACAGAAGUGGAACAAGAAGCCAAUAGUGGGUACAGCUGGCAGGUAAGAACCAAGAGAAGAAACAGCUAUGAGUACAUGGAUGGAAAGAAUACUUCUUUGGCCAACUGGAUGAGGUAUGUGAACUGUGCCUGGAAUGAUGAGGAGAAGAAUUUGGUGGCCUUCCAAUACCACAGACAGAUAUUUUACCGCACCUGCCAAGUCAUCAAACUAGGCUAUGAGCUUCUAAUAUGGUAUGGGGAUGAGUAUGGCCAGAAGCUGGGUAUCAAAGGAAGCAGUGGAAGGAAAAGUAGGGAAGAAAAUGGAAGAACUCACAACAGUGAGAGCCAUCCACUCAGCACCUGCCUGGUCAUAACCAGCCCAGAAUGCUACAGCCUCAGCAUUCUAGAAAUUCCAUGGCGACAGACAAGCCCCUUUCGGCCUGGACCAAUAAGCGAGCAGGUGGCUCAAGAUUGA